ACACUCUGGCCGAAAUACUAUGCCAGGCCGAAUGUCGCCAACUAACAGAGAAGCUUACGAUAGAUCUAGACGAAAAAUUUACUCUCCAGAUAGACAAAUAUCACCUAAUAGAGCAAUGCAUCCUGGCCAUAUUUCGCCAUCUACUAGACACAUGGUAACUGAUAAACGAAUGUCGCCUUCUGGUCGAAGAAUUUCUCCUGGAAGACACGUUUCUGUUUCUGGUAGGCAGAUUUCACCUUCUGACAGAAGAAUGGCACUUUCUGGCAGAAGAAUAUCACCAUCUGGCAGAAGAAUUUCACCUUCUGGCAGAAGAGUUUCACCUUCUGGCAGGCCUAUUACUAUAGAUAGAAAUGUACCACAUGGUAGAAAAUUUACGCAAUUCGAGGAACACAUGCCAUCAAUGAGAGCUAUGACUCCUGGACGGAAAACAUCACCUUCUAGAAAAGUAUCGCCUUCUAAUAGAAGGUUAUCUCCUCAAGCUAAAAAAGAAGAUUAUACGCGUAGUAGAAGAAUAUCACCGCCUGCGCAUUCGCCAAUGGAUAGGCGUAUGCCAAGCCGUCAGUCUCCUAACAGAAGUAUUCAAAGAAGUAUUGAAACUCAUAGCAGACAGGAACCGCCCAGAGGACAAGCAAGGUACUCACCAUCUCAUCAAUUUUCUGAUAAGACUAAAGACUAUCCAGAAGACCGUAGAUCUGGCAACAUUAAAACUGUUAGACCGGCUUACGAAUCUCCGACACAAUACUGCUACUGGAGUCAAAAAACGGAGACGGAAGAAAUAAUUCACAUCAGUAAUAAUAACAGUUUUUACUUUAGAAACAACGUAUUGAUUUAUAUUUUAAUAUAUGGUUGUUUAAGGAAAUUGAUUUUAAUCUUAACUGUCAUUUAUAAAAAAAUGUUUCUAAAACUAUUAAAAUACCCUUUUCGUGUUUGCAUCUUAAAUUUCAAUUUACAGGCGUCAAAUGAAGCUAUUUACUCAGGUGGUUAUCGUCCCAAUGUACAUGACGUACAAUACCCGACCACACGUACAUUACCACGACAGGAUUGGCAAGAUAGGGAAAAGGCGUUCCCACCCAAAACUAUCAUCGAAGAUAGGGAGAGAAGAGAUGUUCCUAGAUUGCAGAAGUUCGAUGUACAACGGAUUUCGGAUCAACAAAGACCAAUGGAACAAGAGACAAAAAGAUCUAGAUCUCAUUCGUCUAGGUCUCCUAGGCGAGAUAGGUCUCCUAUACGUGAUCGCUAUAGACGCCAUUCACCGUCUCCUCGGUCUCCUCGACGCUCUUGGGCGCUCGAAAAACGUCGUAGCCCCGAAACACGGGAAACUCCACCCCCACCUGUGUGGCCAGGAAAUAACGCAGAAGAUUAUCCGCAACAGAGCAGACAGAAAAUUCCAGCUCGCGAAGUCGAGAAACAUGUUCCAGUCUGGGAAACUAGAGACAAAAGGCGCGAUGACUACCCAGCUGAAAACCGACGGGAUUUUGAGGAACAGAUAAGAAUUAGGAAGGAAAUUGAAAAAUGGAAGCCGAUUCCUCAGUCGAAAACCCAAGAGUCGUCUAGGAUGAUGGAUGAGGAUCGUAUGCACAAAGAAUCUAAGUUUGUUAAAAAGGACUUCGAAAUAAGACGAGACUACCGUGAGGACGAAAUGCGAAAAUCUCAUACUGACAGACUCCAAAAACAAUAUCAACGACAGGAUCGGGAAGAUAUCCGCUAUAAAUCCGUACACGAACAAAAAGAUGACAUUCCGCGCAAGAGAGAAGAGUAUGCCGGACGGAUAGAAGAAAAAAAGAAAGAAAUAUUACAAAAACAAGAGCAACUGCAGAAGGAGAUCGACGAGGUCUACAAAAGAGCUGUUGAUUUUACAAAAAAAGCUGAACUGUAUAGAAAAACUGAGCACAAGAAGGAAUCAUACGACAGCGACAGGGAUCGAGAUGGGGUUAGUGGACCUAAGCACAACGAACGUUACAAACAAGAUUCUCACGAAAAACAACAAAGUCGCAAUGUUCCAUUUAAAGAAUAUAAAAGGUCUUACGCUUCGAGAAGUGAUGUAGAAGCCGAAAUUGAACGAAGUAAGUACGGUGAACUACCUGCAGACGUCAGGGCCAAGAGAAAUAAAGCUAUAUUAGAGAUAUCUGAGAAAAUUAUGCACAAGUAUGGUAGUACGUUGCCCAGCGAGAUGCAUAAAAGGAUCCAUUCUGAAUUAAAAUGGACUCUGAACCGGCGAUUAAAUGAAAUGUUUGGGAACAAAGAUGUAUCAUUCAUAGAGAUAAUUGUUAAGUUUAACUCAAGCCACAGCGCGAAAGAUGAAAAAAACAUGUUCGAUGAAAUAAUGUAUAGCAUGAGUGAUCAUGUAAGAAACGCGAAACGAACAGCUCAAGAUGAUUCGGGUGUUCCUGCAAAAAUGCCUAGGCAGUCUCCUCAACCAAACUUGAAUAAUGAUCAAAUGCCUAGAGCACACGACCAACAAAUUUCAGAUUGGAGCAUAGGUACAGUAGGUAUGAUACCACUGAAUAUUGCGAGUAAUCAAGGAUUAUUUUUAAACGCGCCCUUAAUGGUACCGACGCCUAGUCAGUAUCAAUUGCUUCCGUCGUACCAGGAACAUCAACCUACUCAAGUCAAAGAAAAUGAAAUUGACGGUUACAGUUUAUAUUUGUGUAAAGACGAUUUUCAGCCAAUAGUCGAUUUCGAGACAGCAAAAUUAAAGGAAUUUUUGAUUCAACAACUCAUCAAAGUCACGGAAACUACUCAAGGUUGGGCCCCAGACUUUACACUAGCCAAGCAGAACAGCAUCCAUAGGCACGAAGUUAUUACACGCGAUGAGAGGUCAAAGAAUUGGCUUUUAAGUUUAGAUUUCAGUGAUUUUAAGGAAUUUAACGUUCUAGUUUACACGCCAGAAGAAUUGUGGUACGAGAGAGCGGCUAUUUGGUUGCCGGGUCAUUCCAGGUGUAGGAAUAUUGAGCCUCUAACGAAACUCAAGUUACAGAACAAAAAGUUGGAAGGCGUCAACAUAGGUAAGUGGAAAUUGGUCAAAAAGGUAGUCACCGAUAAAGGUACCCGUGUUUAUGUGGAUAUGCCGCCCUCGUCUGCUAGAGCGAUGGAGAAACACAAAAUGAUGUUGAGCUACGAACUCCAGAAAGUAAACGUUUUUCUGAAAGCCGUUGCUAUAGAUAAAAACGCUUUCGACGCAGGCCUAAACGAACCGUCGAUAACCAUUCUUCCUUCUCCGGGUUCCUGCCCUAUGCCGUCUCUUGACCAAAACCCAAAUAUCAUUAAAAUAGGUGUAAAAGGAAAUAAACCUCUGUCUUUGGUAUUGGCGCGAAAACUUAAAGAUUUUAUCAUAUUUAAAUUGUUUAAGUACCAUCAACUUGAAGGGAAGAGUCGAACCGAUUUUAUUAAGUACGGUUUUUGUCAGCCGGGCUUUCUAGGUAUAUUACCUGAAAAUGAAGAAUCGAGAAAAUGGAUUUGCUCCCUCGAUAUUGGUCAAUUAAACCGUCAGCAGCUGUUUAUAGUAGGGGCGGAUGAUAAUAAGACAAAGUAUUUUACCAUGACUAUCUCUAUACCCAAGUAUUCUAACCUAAAUACGGCGGUAGUAACUGAACGCUUGCGUCAGAGUAAUAAAGGUGUUAAAGGCGUUAACUUUUCUUUAUGGAGAAACCAAAAAGUUUUAAGAGAUAAAACGGGACAAGUAACAUUUGAAGUUGAAAUGGAUUUAGAAUCGGUCGAGACUAUUUCCAAAAUGAACUACCAGUUAGACUACGUAGCUGAGGGACACGACAUUAGAACUUUGUCUGUAGAUUCUAAGGUUUCUCGCAUUAGAUUAGAAGAAAUGAUCGCUAAAUAUAAAGCAGAGUUGUCUGACACCUAUAAUGUAGAAAAUAUGGAGUUAGCGUCUUCAGAUUCGGAAGAUGACGUGGUUUAUAUUGAUGUCCGAAAAUGUUUCAGGACUGGAAAAACUGGGGAUAAAACACCAAAAUUUCGCGUGUACAAUUAUGAAAAUAUAGGUUUGAAGAAAAAUAUUGCCAACAUUGAACUCGUCAAAGUAAGGUCAACGGCUUUUGGUCUUAGCCCAGUUUCUAAAAAGCCUCCUGUCAAAUAUCGUGAAAAUCCGAAACCAAAAGUGCACCCAGAGAAGAAACAGCUGACAGCCCCUUCAAAGUCUUCUGAAAGAACACCUUUGAAAGGAAAAUCAGAAAAAGAAGAUAAAGAAGAACAGAAAUCAUCGAAGUGUAAUCAAGAGGAUGAAGAAGAAGAAGAAGGACAAUUCGAACUAAACGAGCUCAUGACAAGAGUAUUAAAAGAAGAAUUACAGGCUCUUAUGAUUGAGGUUUGGCGAACGCUACCAGAUGUGGCACCAACAGAGACAGAACAAUAUGUUGCGGAGAAACUGCGUAAUGAAGCGAGUGAUGACCUCACAAACGUCCUUGGACUCAACAUCACCAAGAGAUUACUGAACGUGUAUAAUCCACUUUUUGUUAAACUUAAUUUCUCCUGUCGUCCCGAAAGCGGUUGCCUGACGAAGUUCCUCGACCAAUACAACAUAAUAAGUUUCAAACGUAUCCAAAAAGAAACAAACACCUUCGCAGCCCGACUCCGCUCGAUAACUGACUUCGACAAUAUCUGUGCCGCUAAGAAUAUCAAAUGUGGAGGAUCAAGGAUAACUGUGACCCCAUGCUACAAAUUUACUUUAUGUCCAAAGAGACUUAAUACUAUAUUUGCUGACAAAGGUGAAGACGUGAUCAAAGACAAAAAAGAAGAUAAAUCAAUACAUGAAAGUGAAGGAGACGAGAGACGAGUAAAAAAUAAAGUUGUAAAUUCAAAUAAAAAUGAAGAGAAAUCUACAAGUGUCCUGAAAGAAAAAGAUGUAAUCGAACCUAAAGAAACACCAAAUAAACAUGAAAAUGAAGUUAGCGAAAAAGUUGCACCAAAAGAAAAGCAAAAGGAAGACAUAGUACUAAAAUCUCCUGAAAAGAAAAAAAUUGAAAGUCCUAAAGAGAUCACACCAGUUAAACCUAAACCAACUGUAAAAGAAACUCCUAAAGAAAAACAGACAAAGGUACCAAAUAAAAAGUCUGAAACAAAACGUAAUAUUGAAAGUGAAGGUGAAAUUAAUGAAUCUGAAAUCAAUAAAUUCAACGAAGGUGAAGAAAUGAAUGAUGAAGAAAUACUUGCUUUAAUAUCCAGCGGUGUCAUCGUUGACGAGUGCAUGGCUUCUGAUGGGGAAUAAUAUUCUUUAUGUAAAUAUUUCGUCGAUAAGGGGAUAUAAUAUAAAUAUUUUUAAGUUUGAUUAUUCUUUCUGUUCUAGUAACCAAACCCAUGGGUUAUAAUUUAUAAGAAUACUUACAAUGUUACCUUAUUGGUUUUUAAACUGUUAAUAAAUAAUUUAAAAAUA